UAUGAAAGCAGAGCCCACCUAGCAGUUCUGGAUGGAAAACCAUUAAAUUGCAAUUGGUUAACCGUUUUACACCAUUUCCCUCUACUCUUUCGAACGUCCCAUCAUCGUCGUCGUCGUCGUAGUCAGUCGGGCAAACGGUGAAGCUUCGUCAUCGUCGUCGUCGUCGGUCGGUCGGUGAUCGUUGAUCGUCGAUCGUGCAGCAGUAGUGUGGUGGUUCGCCGGAAUACUUCCUCUUUCACUCUCACUCUCACUCUUUCACAACAACUUCAGCAUAUCAGUGUAGUUUGCGCGCAUUUCUCCUACCCCUUGACACGCUCGCCGUGUGACCGUACGGAACUUGGCGGAACCCAAUAGCUAGCAGUUUUCGGCGGAUGACGACUACAGUGAGUCUCGCCGUGUUUACUUUUGCCUCUUUCUUCGAGCAGCGUGGUGUUGGUUGUGUUGCUUUUUCCAUUUCACUUACGCUGUUUUUUUUUUUGGCAAAGCGGUGGGGGACCCGCACACGGCAGCGGUCUCUGGAGACCCUUGAGACAGUACCGUCCGAUGAGUCGGGAUUCGUCGAUCGCUGUAGACGCGCGUGCGUGAAGUGCUUUCUCUUUUUUUUUCGGCGGUCUGGCGGACAGAACCGUGUGUAACCUAUUGACAGCCCACGAGGUGAAGGCGAAAGUGUGGUGGCGGCGAAAGAAAGGCCCCAAGAACCGUUCUUGAUCGUGUUCUAUCCAUCCGUAUAGCGACGAGCGGUUUGUUUUGAUUCUUCUGCGCUGCUAGUGUACGGUGUGGUGAAUUUGAAGAGUAGGUUGGGAAACCACCCACCUCCCGAAAACGAGAAGGAAACGCAAGAAUAUUUUGAGGUGAAUUCAAAACCCAGAACGGCGAAGAACAGCUGAUAAGCACCGCACAUAAGGCGGCUGGAGUGACAAGUGUGCCCGUGACUACGUGUGAGUGUGCGAGUUGGGGGUAAUUAAAAUUCUAGCCGCAGGUUUCGCGCUAGAAGCUCCAGGGAUAUCUUGGGAACCUAUCGGGAACAGCAAUUCACUGUGCAAUUUUUUGUUUGUUUGUGAUUUGCAAGCUGACAGCCGAGGAACAACUGUGCUGUGCAACGGUGUGUGUUUGGGUGUGAGUGUGUGAAGAUAGAACGUGGUGUGUUGAUAGAUAGAGCAGAGCGCAUGCAGCAGCCGUGUGAUACCCAGAGCUCUAGCUAGUAGCUAGCUGGUGGAGAUGCAAUUUGAUUAAUGAAUAUAAACAGAUCUUCUGAAUAGAGCGCGCACGCGAGUGGAAGUGUACGGUGCCGGUGUGAGACGCUCCCCCCGUGGGCCCUUUGAGAACCCCCCUUUCUAGCCCGUUCGAAGUGCCCGGGCGAUCGUGUGCCACAGAGUGUAUACCUUUGGAGCGAGUGUGGAAGCUUCGCGCUUCGAGAAUAGAAGCUAAUUUGAAUUGAAAAAUGAAACGCAUGGAAUAGCACGUACAAGGUCACUUGGGGAUUUGCAUUUACAGAAAAAUAAAAAUAAGAGUGUUUAACAGUGCUAGGGCGCGUGCGGAACUUGUGCGAUAGCACUGUCGACGAUCACCGAGCGUGUGACCGCGUGAGAACCGUUCCAGACCAGUUCGAGCAGAAGAGGAAGACUGCGCUGGCGCAGCCAGUCCCCCGGAAGAUUGCCAAAUGUUUUUCGAAUUUGACAAGUGUUUACCGUUCUCCUGACACAAAACAAUCACGACUAUUGGUCGUCGCGUUGGUUCCUACCAACCCCAGUCCCAUGCCCUGAAGAACACCAGAAGACGAGUGUGCGAGAGUGCGUGUGUAAUCAAUACGUGCCUUCUUCUCAGAACCAAGUGAACACCCGGUUGUCGGAUGUCGAUUAACUCGCGAGCAGCUGAAUCCGGUGUUGUCUACCACCACGGGUGUGUGCUACAUGGUUGAAAGUUGUACCAAAAAUUCCAGUUAUUUUGGCGAGUGGACGCUCAAACAAAGUGUGUGCGACAAGCGAAACGAGUGAAAGCAUUGUGGUGUCGAAACAAUCAUCGCGAUCGUGCGGAAUAAGGCAACAUCGAAGAAUAACUCUGCUAGUGAAAUUACCGGUUGUAACCCUGUGCUCCUGUGCAGAUCCUGUUCCCGAUGAAUAUGGAAUUUCAACCGCUGCCACCGGUUUCGUCGAUGAACAUCGGUCCACCGACACCUGCUCCGUCGCCCCACAUACAAAUUAUCCCAAACGGUUCCAGCAACGGGCCAAACGGGGUACCCAAUGGAGGCGGCGGCGGUGGCGGUGGCAUCGGUAACUCUGUGGCCAAUCAGCUGCUGAACUCGAUGCCACCUCCGAUCCUACCGGUCGGGAUGCCUUUACAGCAGGUGGUUCACAAUCUGCAGCAUCUGACCAACGUUAAUGGACUGACCCAGCAACAUCAACAGCAGCAGCAACAGCAACAGCAACAACAACAGCAGCAACAUCACCAGCAAGCACAACAACAGGUACACCAGGCACUGCUAGGAUCGAACAAUCCGAAUGGACUGACCGGGAUCCAUCAGGGCCAGAGUUUACCACCGACGUCACAGCUCCUGCAGGCGAUACACCACAAUACGAACAAUAACAGUAGUAACAACAAUAACAACAACAAUGUGAUCAACAACAACAACAUCACGCAGUAUCAGGUGCAGCAGCUCUGGAGACAUCACGCCUAUCUAAACGGUAAAUCAAGCAAUAACAAAGACAUCUGCGGCGAUGACAAACACAAAGAGGACGGCGAUCCGUGGAACGUCGAGGCACAGGCGGCGUUCCUGGGGCCGAACCUGUGGGACAAAACGCUACCCUACGACUCUGAUCUCAAAGUGCACCAAUACGCCGACCUCGAUGAAUUCCUGUCAGAGAACGGUAUCCCGGUGGACGGGCUGCCGAGCGGACACCUGGGCCACUCGACCAGCCUCAACAGCCGCUCCGACAGUUUGGGACACUGUGCGAGCCUCUCGCUCGGCCUCAGCCAGGUGACGACGAAACGGGAACGCUCGCCAUCGCCCACAGACUGCAUGAGUCCGGACACGAUAAACCCGCCGUCACCGGCUGACUCAAUUUUCGAUGUUGCAGCGUUUUCGAUGUCGUCGGCCACGCGUGACUUUGAUCCGCGGACACGGGCCUUCUCCGACGAGGAACUGAAACCGCAGCCGAUGAUCAAGAAAUCCCGCAAGCAGUUCGUCCCGGAUGACAUGAAGGACGACAAGUACUGGGCCCGCCGUCGGAAGAACAAUAUGGCGGCGAAGCGGUCCCGGGACGCCCGACGCAUGAAGGAGAAUCAAAUCGCGCUCCGAGCUGGUUACCUGGAAAAAGAGAACAUGAACCUGCACCGAGAAGUGGAACAGCUGAAACAGGAAAACAUGGAACUUCGUGCCCGUUUAUCAAAGUACCAAGAGGUAUAAUCUUAACUCAACGUCAUCCCUAGUUUAAUCGUACCACGUCCACCAUUACAACCACCACCACCAACAACAUCCAACCCAAACAAAAAAAAAAUGGAAAAAAGGCAAAACCGUCAACAAAAGUAGCAACAAAUAUAAAACAGCUGAAAAGCAUCAAGAAACCUAAGUUUACCAUCACUAAAGUCAUCACAACCACCACCACCACCACCACCAGUAGCAGUAGUAGCAGUAGUAGUAACGAUAGCAGCAGCAGCAGCAGUGAACAAUAGACAACAGCAACGAUUUACAAGGCAACUCCAAGCAGCUACACUAGAUUGGGCGGCAGCGCUUCAAAGACGACGACUACGACGAAGACGAAGACGACGUGACGUGGAAUGCGAGAAUGAGACAAAGCGAGAACGAGAGAAUUUGAGAGUGAAGUUUUAGUGAAAUUCUACCAAUAAGGCAAACAAAUAAGCGGCAUAAAUCCGAACAACAGCAAGCAUCAGCGAGAGCAGCAUCGUUACCAAAAAUGAAAGAAAGGAGAAGGACAGAAGCGAGCUAAGCAAAUGUACAGAACAAACAAGCAGUGAAGAAGUGCUGGCUUUACCCCUUUUUUAAGUAGAGUUGUUGAAGGACUCAAACCCGCGCAGGACGAUGACGGUCGUAGGUACCGUGCGGCUUCGAUGAGAAGGCAGAACAAUAGCAGUAGCACUAGAGCAGCUGAAGCGAAAUCAACAAAAAUACUGAGAUAUGACAGCUUGAAAUUUGUUUACAUACAUCACACUGGAACACACACACACACACCCACAGACAGGCACAUACAAAAAAAACAGUAACGAACAAACCCCCCCUCUCCUUACGACAGGGCAAACAUCGCAAAGCCUGCAGAGUUCCCGCGUGUUGGAUUUUUUGUUGAAUAUUUAUAGAAAGCAUUAACGUUAACCGAUUAGAAAAAAAAAUGUAAACAGGAGGUUCCCUGGUUUGGCAACUCGCUCGUACUAUUUUUGUUUUCUCUCGAUUAGUCAAAUGUGUUCGGUUUGUUUUCGAUAAUCAGAUCAGAAUUCUCUUUUGUUUCGUUUCUCCGGAGUGGUAUAGAGCUAUUUAAUUUUACUCAGACAUACACACACACACAUACAUGCACACCUGCGAAAAAAAAAACAAAUGGGUGACGAGUAGUUUUUUUUUAUAAUUUUUAAGUGUGAGCGAGUGUGAAAGUGCGAAAACUAGCGCGGGCUAAGGAUUCCCUUGAAAUUAGUAAUAGUUGUACAGUUUUCCCUUUUUUCUCGAGGGAAAUAAAAGUGUUUUGUUUGUUUUUCCUUUUUAAUUAGACUAAAUAGGUCUACGGAAUAUAAGUAGCAGUUAAUGGCAGAAAUAAGAUAGCAAUGCAAAAUGAAAAAAAAAAAAAACAAAACAGACAUCCCGGGAAGUUUGCAAUCGAUCAAAUUACGUACUGUUUAAUGUUUCUUAUUUUUCUGACGUUUGUUUUGAAUCAGGCUUCAGGUGCUGGCUGGCAGGUGGCAGUGCGGUCGUCGAGACAAUUUGUACGGCCGAUGAGAGUAACUCAGUAGCGGGAGUCGAGCUCAACUCAAAAUUGUAAAAAGCGACGCGGAAAAUUUUCCUCACUUUGCCGGGAAAAGUAACCGAGUGAAAUAUCUCUUGAUUUUCAUCAUAUUCAAGAAUGUAUUCCUGGAAAAUCGAGAAAAAUUUGACUCAUUCACUAAGUACUGCACUUUUUGCAAUUUUGAGUCAAAUUCGACUUAGUUUUGAUUGAUUCUUAUUAACCGUGCGAGCUUUGCCAUGCGUUUGUUUAGAGCGAUUUUUCUUUCAUCUGUUUUUUGGAAAUUGUGUUCAAACAGAAAAUGUUACAUCAAAUCUAGAUACACAUUUCAAAAGGUCCUAUCUGCAUUGAUCGACCCUCUUCAUCGAUUUUUUCCUUCGUUAAUAACUCAGCUGCAAAGCCUCUGCCUGUUGUAUUUGAUGUUUUGAGAGCCAGUUAAGAAACUCCUUUAUCAAACUAUGUGGUAAAAAGAGCGUGAACUCUCGCGCAACACGAGAAAAGGGCCUGGGUUGAUCGAUUCUCGUCAUCGAUUUUCUCUUUCGCGAAUCACCUGCCUGCAAAUUAAUUUCCCAUUCAGUGUGUUAUUUCAGCCGCAAGCUAACAUCAUCUUCUGUCGAAGAAACGAAGCGAGAAACUCGUUUAUGUUGCCAUCGAUGAAGAGGAUCGAUCAACGAGGAUAGGCCCUUUUCAAAUGUUAUGCGAGUUACUCUGUUUGCAUAGUAGUGGUUAUCAAAAGAGAAAGUCGAUGAAGAGAAUCGAUCAAAGCAGAUAAGAUCGCUUUGAAAUGUUGAUCAAGAUAUGUUAAUGCUGUCAAACCGAUACGAUCAAGUUGAGGUAGUGCUGUGAAUUAAUUCAACUUACUUAAAUGUUUUGUUAUCCUUCGAGGCUUUUUAAACUCGAAAAUUAUGGCCUGAAAUCAUCCUCCAAGCUGCUGUUCCGCUGUUCGAACUCAACUCGAUCAGGGGAAUCAGUUGUGAAAUGUUCUUGCUUGCCAAGUCAGUUUAUUUUGAGCUUGAGAAAAAGACGGAAAAAUGGGAAAAUCCUGUGAAAAUCAUACUUUAACCAUGCAAACAUGUAAUUCAUUGAAAUUAUAUAUGUAAAUAGUCCAAUAGUCGUAAGCAUAUGAGGGAAAGAAACAAACAGAGAAACGAAAGUAUAUUUACACAAACAGACUUGCUUGAAAGGAAUUUGACUCUCCCCUAAAGAAAUGUAAUACAAAGUGUACAAGGAACGGUGAAGCUAGCGAGGGCAAAAGUUUAAAAACAUUAUCACUGUAGAUUAACUAAUUUAUUCUCCCCCCAAAAUCGAUUUGCUAGUCGAUUUUUGUUCUGGAAUUUGUGGGACAAAAAUCCGCUUCCGGCAGCUAUCCUCUAGAGGUUUCUCAAUUCGUUCUCGCUGCCAUCUCCCGGCCCGGGGAACAGCUUUAUCCUGCUUAGAGCCAUGCAGCGGCCGCAGCCUUCAAUAAUUAACUCGUUCAUGGCCAUUUCAGUCACCCAAACUCACACGAACUCCUGAAUUGAACAAGCGAUUUACAUUAAAAAAAAAAAACAACCUUCAAACACAAACGUUAAAAUUAUUAACCAUAACAACACCACACAGAGUAGAAUGCUCGCGAAAAUGUUGUUGAGUCCUGUAGUGAUGCAAAUUGAAAUGGAAAACGAGAAUAGGAUUAGCCAAGCGUGCGCCCGCGAAGGAAGCGAGUUGAACAAAGCAAACCGAGUAAAUCGUUAACUAAUUGAAUGAUUAUUAAGCAAACAAGCAAAACACAUUAGUCUGAUUCAAAAACCGUAGUGAUAGUACCAAGAUUGAAUAAUAAAAAAAAAAAAACAAUGAGAGAAAACACGUAGUUGAUAUUGAGAUAAGAGAAAAAAAAAAGGCAAAAACAAUAUUAUUAGUGAUUAAUGAACAAAGAAGAGGAAGAAACCUAAUCAAAACAAACGACUUGAUUGUGAAGCAAGUGUAGAGAACCCACUUAAAACCUGUGUAAAAAGUAUAUUAUUACAAGCGAUACGAGUUAGGAGAGAGAGAUAAUCCCGCGUCCUUAUUUUUAAUUUUUAUUCCUUAUUGUUUCUGGGUGGAAGAUGUGGCAGAAGAAAAAAAAUGUUGGUUGAGUGAUACCCCCCCUCCCCGUCAAAACUCACUUCGUAGACUCGUAAAAGGAAAUGAUGUUACCGGUAAAAUUUACCCUGUAGUAUGUAUAGUAGCCAAGUCAAGCCGAAACCCAUCCAAUCAUAUGAGUUCACAAUCCUAAGAAACGGAAAAGGAAAAUGUAAAAUUAGGACCGAUGGAAUUGCGAUUCCAUCGUUCAAAUUACGUCAAAUCUCCCGACGACCAUUGAGUUUUUGUUUGUAUUUGUUAUUCUUGUUUGGAAGGAGCAAAUCGAAAUACCGCGAAGAAGGAAAUUUAGUAAACUUGCACCUAGUUAUCCGAACACCCACACUUACUCAAACACACACACACACACACACACAUACAAUAUGGUACCACAAAUCGAUCUAAACCACACUCCUAUUGUUUCACGCUUCAAUCAAACUGUUUUCAUGGAAUCAAGCGAAGCUUCUUCUUGUUUUUUUCCUAUUCCCGGAAAACAAUUCGUCUGUUUUUCUCUUCUUCUACCUUCAUUAUCUUAAAUAAUGGCUAUUAGUAACGGUUAGGUGUUGAAUUUCGUUUUUAGUAAGACAACAAAACAGAGCAAAACCGCAAACAAAUAAAAGGAAUCAUAUUUACGCCUGAUUUUUUCUUAUUUAGUUUGUUUCUUCUUUCCCGCAUCGAUAGAGUUCUAUUUCUUUUUCUUUUGCAUAUUUCAUUCUACAAUUCCUGCCUUAAAGUUUCUCUUCGCUUCCGAUUUUUUUUUUCAUACUUACACGAACAGAAAACGGUCAAAUUGGUUCUCUUAUUUUCCCAGCGAAUGCGCACCGAAUUACAGCAGCAGAAUUGGAACAUUUUUGUUAAACCCCGAAUGAUAAUGGCGGAAAAUAGUAAUACGUCUAUUGAGCAUAACAAAACAAAGCAAUGAACACGAUGAGAUAGAGGAAAUUUGUUUCUUGUUAUCAUUAUUAUUAUAAUAUUAUAAUUUUUUUUUCUCUGUGAAGUAAUGCCACAAACAAUUACUUUAUUGCUAUUAUUUUUUUUUUUUGAAAAUAAAAACGUAAAACAAUAAGUUUAGUUG